AUGUCUAUCCCGGACUUCAUCAGUACCCUCAUGUUCCAUUUCUCCUGCACUGCAUUAGAGAACGUGAAUUAUUGGGAAAUAUUGAUGUGCAUACCAGAUGAUGAGAAUGUAGUCGAUUGGCUUGCGGCAUUGCAGCAAAGUGACUUCAGUUUACAGGUACCUACAAGACCCCAUGGAUUACACAAUGAAGAAAGUGUUGCGAUGUUCAUCCAUACGUUGGACGGCUGCAGUAACCAAAAACUUCAGGAACGAUUCCAACACUCGAGAGACACUGUGUCGCGACAUUUCCAUGUAGUGUUGGAAGCGAUGAAGUUGUUCACAGAAGUGCAUUAUAAGCCCACCAGAGAUCAAAAUAAUAGGCAUCCAUAUUUGCGAUCCAGAGGGAAAUAUGUGCCUUCCAAGCAUUGUAUUGGAGCGUUGGACGGUACUCAUGUAGAAGUCGUGUUGCCUGCCCAUGAUGCCGGCACAUAUUACAGUCGCAAAGGAUAUCCAACCCAAAACAUACUAACAGUAUGCGACUUCGACAUGUGCUUCAUUUUCAUAUCUUGUGGUUGGGAAGGAAGCAUGCAUGACAGUCGCAUCUUCAACGAAAUAAUUGAGAACGAACAUGCACCGUUCCCACACCCCCAGGAAGGUAAAUAUUACCUUGUGGGUGCGGGUUAUCCAAACAAGAAGGGGUAUUUGGCACCAUACAAAGGGUCUUGGUAUCACCAAGCACAGUUCCGGGAUCGUGGACGACCCGAUAAUCCAAGAGAAUUGUUUCACGAGGCACACGCAUCAUUGAGGAGCGUGGUGGAAAUAACAUUUGGAGUGUGGAAAUCGCGCUGA